GCUGAGAAUCCCUGCCGAUCCCUGCUCUUCCGGUACUUCUGCUCGUUUCCGUUUUCUGCAGGCGGUGAAAACUGCGUGGAUGACAUGAGCUCGGCAUGUAACUCUGAGGACGACCAAGUUAAGCCAUGGGAGAAGCCGUUAACCACAGAUGAGAUUCGGCUGCGAGCAGCCAAGUGGACCCUAGCUGAUGACUCGCAGCUCCUCGCCUACCUUCAAUGCAUGUCAGAAGACAUCAUUUCUAGGACGUGUGAUGUUGGUAAAGACCUAGAUAGUCUCGUUCAUGAAACAACGGUGUCUGGUGUAAAGGUUAACAACGUGGUCAAUGACUUCAACCUCCUCAGUAGUCUACAGUUUAUAGAAAACAGAGUGUACGAUGAAGAGGCGAAGGAAGGAGAAGGCAGAGCUAUGCAGAAUGAUCUGGCUCCUCAGAGCAAGGAGGAACAAGAAGCUGCACUUCUGGCUCGAGUAACCAAAGCCUGCCAGCUGGGAAUAGAUGUAGUCCGAUCAGCCCUGGAGCCUUUGGACUUGCCAGCAGAAGCGGAUUCUGAUGAGUCUGAAGAUGAAGGAGGCAUUCCAGCAAAGCAAAGGGCUCUUUCACCCAUACUUCGGUCCAAGGACCCAUACCUGGAUAGACCUCUGCCGCACCUAAUUGGCUCGCAGGCUUUCCUGGAUGACGAUUAUGUUGGCCUUGGGGAUAUCUUGGCUGAAGAAGACGAAAAGAGCAGCCGAGGAGAAUAUGAGAGUGAAAAGUCUGACAGUGAUGUAGAGACGGAGGAUGAGGAUAAAAUGGCUUCCAGUGAUAACCGCAUGGCCGAGACAAUGCAGAGAGAGUUUGGAAGGAAGGAGGAAGAAAGUGAGGAAGAAGAGAUGUUUGAGGAAAAAGUUCCUGUACCUCGGAAGACAACUAGGAUAAGUACCAGCAGCAGUGAGCUUCAGUCAGAUGAAGAUAAUUUUCUGUCAAGUACGACAGCAACAACUCAUGUCAAGAGGGGAUCUCUGUCAUCGAAAAAGAGUGUGGACACACCAUCCAAUGUAGAACGCGGUGUAGAGGACCUGUUCAGUGAGCCAACAGGACAUCAAGAUUCUGAUGAGGAAUCAAAUUCUCCAUUCAAAACGAAAAAGGGGGCCUUCUACAGACCUGGAAAGUUGUUUGAUGAUGAAGAAGAGGAGGGUGACCUGUUUAAAACAGAAAGCAAGCCUAAGGAAGAGGAGCCUGCAAUCAGGACACCAAAGCAUACGGGCUACACGGAGAGUGGAAAGAAGAUACCUGUUGGUGGGGUCUCCAUGCUAGGAGGUGCAGGACAACCACUCUUUCAAGCCAUUUCAAGGUUGAAUUCCAAUCCUCAAAACGAAGAAGAUAAUAAUGUUUCACCUGCAGUGAAGACUGUGACUCGACCCGAAAGCAAGGGCAGUGCUGAAAGCGAAAGAAAAGAAGUUUUCGAGCCAGCUAAAAGGGAAGGGAAAAAGGAACCUAGCCCAGUGAAGAGUGUGGUUGAGGAUUUUGACGAUGAUGACCUGUUUAGUGUGCCUCCAACGAAGAAAGCAGGCCAACCUAAAAGAGCAGGCCCUACACCUCCAAGCAAAUUGUUUGAUGCAGAUGAUGACGAUGACCUGUGGUUAUCUGGACCAAGCAAGACACAGUCAAGUGGCCCUCAGAAUUAUGGUGACAAAACUGUCAAGCCAAAAGCACCUGCUGUGGCAGACAAAGCAACAGUUCCUGUCUCGACUACUGGUGGACUCUUUGAUGAUGACGCGGACGACCUAUUUUCGUCCAGCUCUGUCACAAAGAAGGCAGAACCAAAUAAAAAGACAACCUCAUUCCUCUUUGAUGAUGAGGAAGAAGAAGGCAUCUUUACUGGUGGUGUCCAACCAAAGGGGACAAGUGUGCCAACAAAUAAGUCUUUGUUUACUGCAAGCACAGACUCUGAUGAGCUAUUUUCCUCUGGUGCCAAGCCUCCUGCAACGAAAGCACCCCAUAAAGGUCUGUUUCUGUUUGAAGAUGAAGAGGAUGAACCAGUCAAAGCAGAAAAUAGUAAUCAGCUGCAGGUGACCAAGCCAUCAUUGCCAGCUGCAGAGGCAUCACCCACGUCUGUGAUUAAGCCCAGAAAGUCGAUAUCUCUGUUUGAUGACGACGAACCUGAUGAUGAUCUUUUCUCUGGCAAGACAAAAGAAAUGGCUGACAGCCAGAGCAGUCACAGUGUGCAAAGUUCUACAUGGAGUUUAGGGUCCAAGGAGAACGUUGAACCAUCCCCAGCUCAUGAGGAAUCGGCUAAGCCAGUGGAGUCGCUUAAGGCACGAACUAGCAGUCGUUUCCUAUUUGACGAGGAAGACAAAUUAUUUCAGAAUUCAACUGGAGACGGCCCUGACAUUGAUCUUUUCGCAUCAGACAAGGUUGACACGGGCAGCAGUACGGAAAAGAAGAAGCCUGUGGGAGGCGUGCUUCCCUUUGGAGGGGCGGACCUUUUCGGAGCAGAACUGAGAAGCAAGCUGGGCAAAUCAGCAGUUUUAGAAGAAAGCUGCAGUGAUCCCCCAGAAGUGAACAAGAAUGAUGACUUGCAGGGUAGUUCACCACCAAGCUCUUUACAGCACAAGAGAGGACCAGCUCUAAAAGACACGAAAGAAGGAUCUGUGAGCUUCGAUGAACCAGUAGAUAAAGCCAGCACACUAGCCAGUGCUACCAAAGACAGAGCCAAGAUACAAACUAAGCGGCGCCUUCCAUCUCGUAUGCGUCGACGAAGCAACAUUCCACCUGAUUCUCCAGACAGUAGUUCAACAAAAGAGGAAUCACCAUUGCCUAAGGAAACAAUAUCCGCUCCACUGGAAACAGACAGCAUAGAAGCAGAAGCCAAACCAAGCUCCUCUCUGGCUGUUCCUCAGGCAAGCAUGGUAAAGUCUCCAUCCACUGAAGAAGAGGACUUGUUUGCUGUCAUGGAAAACACCCUGAAGCCUGUCCCAGAACCAGUAAAAUCUCUUAGGACACGAGACACUGCUCGAACACAGGUUCAGCUGGCACAUGAUGAUGAAGACGACCUGUUCUCUGCCUCUGACAAAGUAACAAUACCUGUUGUUGGAGAUGGCUUGUUCUCAUCUCGUCCCAAAGCAGCCAAGUCUUCUAUAGCGGAAAACCUAUUCUCACCUCCAAACAAACCAAUUGAUGACAUCUUUGCUGAGCCCUCAGCAGUGGAUUCAGAUGCUCUCUUUGGAUCAGGAGAUAGCCCAGCAGCGUCAGCUAAGACCGAGACAAAAGUGCACACAUCCCUAUUCCAGGAUGACACAACUACAGUCAAAGAUGUAUUAAGCAAGCCAGCUCCGCAGAAGCAGGACAUAUUCGAAGACGACUAUGACAUUUUCUCAUCGCCCUCAUCCAAACCAGUCUUGAAAAGCAGCAAGCACACAUCCCUUUUUGGAGACAACAAUGAUGACACAGAUGACAUUUUUGCGUCGAAGCCAACUCCAAAGAGUACGAGUCAAGUAAGCCAGAAACCUUCAGCAACCUUGAAAUCAGCCACCUCUCAGAGCGUGGAUUUUAAAGAUCCACUGUUGCAUGGAGCAGAUGAUGACUAAACUGGUCGUGUUAUAGUAAUCUAAACCACAUGUUGUUACUAGCAUACUUUUUAUGAUUGUAGUAGUAUUUUGUUGAAGGCACCAGCUACAUUUUUGCAGCUUUGUGUACAUAUGUAAUAAAGGUACUGUUUGUUUUGGUA